CAGACACCUUGAGAGAGAAGAGAGGACAGAGGAAAGGUUUAGGAGAGAAAACAAAUGAAAUGCUGUACGCUAUCUGAAACUUGCACAGAUAUGCCAAACAAUAAAGGAAAGACAGACAGAUGAAGGGAAAAAAGGCAGUUGAGACGUAAAAAAAAAGGAGGGGUUUAAGUAAGGGAGUAUAGCCAACUGGCAUAGUUUGACUUUUUCAGCUCUGAAAGUCACAGGCAGCCCAGACUCCAAACCACAUGGACCUCAAUCUUUGCAGCAGGCUCAACAACAUCAUUGCCUGUGAGAGAAGCAGAUGGUGUGCAGUAUAGUCAAGAGCAUUUGUUUCCUUUUGCUCUGGAUGUGUGUGUUGCUCCUCCAUGGGGCUUUAUAGCACUGACUAAACUCUAUUUAGACAGUAAAAUCCAGACCCUGCCUAUAAUGGGCCUGCAGUAUGGAGUAUCAUAAUGAUUUCUAUAAGCAUUUUGCCUGGCUCAGAAAGGAAAAUCCACGCUCAAGCUCUAAUAGUGAAUCCUACCAAGAGAGGUUAUCGCGUCUAGAAGGAGACAAAGAGGCACUAAUUCUACAGGUGGGUGUGCUGACUGAUCAGGUGGAGGCUCAGGGGUUGAAGAUCAACGAUUUAGAAAGUGCCUUAGCGGAAUAUCAGCAGAAGCUAAACUGCACAGAGGAGAUGCUACAGCAGGAGCUCCUGCGUAGAACGUCACUGGAGAACCAGAAGCUCAAUCUUAUGGGGGAGGUUUCCUUCCUGAAACUGAAGCUGUCAGACAUGGAGGGAAAGCCAGACCACGGGUCUGAGAGGCAGCAUAAAGCUGAGACUGUAGUGAAUUUCAUUAGUGAGCUGCAGGAGCAGAUGUGUCAGUUUCAAAAGGAGAUCAAUAGCAAGAUCCAGGAGAAAAAAGCCUUGGAGAUCCCAGCUGACAGCAGGUGUCCAGUGGUGUGCCACAGUGAAUCAGCUGAUGGCUCACACCUUGAGGUGUCCUAUGACAGAACCUCAGGGGGAAUGAACAAACUAGAAGAUGCUUCAGAUGGGCCUGAUGGGAACUCACACAGCGCGACAGAGGGUAGCACAGAUGCAGAGCAGCGGUGCCACUGCCGAGGAAAAAGUAUCUUACUAAAGGAACUCAGGCUUCUCAAGGACAAAGUUCAAAAUCUGGAGGACCAGAAGCUGCAGUAUGAGAAAAAACUCAAAGUAACAAAGGUUGAGAUCAACAACCUUCAGAAGCUUUUGCUCAGUAAAAAUGCUGAAAUUGAGAGCCUCCACACUCAGCUGAUAGCCAGACCUUCACUUAACUCUGACAGCUCAGACAGAGAUCAGGAACUGCAGAGACUUAAGAGUGGAAUGAAAUCACUACUAGCUGCCAAUGAUGAAAAGGACCGGCGCAUUGAGGAGCUCACUCUGCUAUUAAAUCAGUGCAGACAGUUCAGGGAAGCUCCUCACAACUUGAGGCAAGCCCCCUCUGCUGUCCGUUCUUUGUCUAACGGUCGAAGUCCUUCAGUAAGCAGUGAAGAAGGGGAGCAAGGGUUAACCAAGAAUGCUGACUCUUCUAGUGCCAAAUCUGAUGAUCUGAAAUCUGAAGUUUCAACAAACAGUAAUUCCUCCCAACAAGCAUCUCUUUUAUUAGUUUUGAAGGACAUCGAUUCUAGAACGGAACCACAGAAUUCAUCAGACAGCAUGAACGACCUGACAGAUGAACACCCACCAAAGGGUGGUCUGGGUGACAGUAAAAGUCAGACUUUGCCUGUGAAAGCCUCUUUGUCUGAGCAAACUGGCACAGGGGGAACCAGCACAGAAAUCCAGAGGUCUCCAGAUGGGAGUGAAGAUGAGGACUCCAGCCAAAGCACGCUGGAGAGAACUGAUGACAGCACAUCCAGCGAUAAUUCCCCUGCGCACAGUGGUACGAGCACGCAGCCUGGCCACCGAGCUGUGGGCUCCUCAGAGUACAUGAAGAACAACCGGAGCUUCAAGAGGCUCUGGGGGAAACUUCGAAGAACCCAGUCAGGAGGUUUCCAAGCAGCGGAUCCAGACACCAGUCAGUUCAGAAGAGGAGGUCUGCGUGCAACAGCGGGGCCCCGGCUCACAAGGUCCCCUGAGCAUGACUCUGCACGGGAUAUGAAUAUUCCCUUCAGCCAGUGGACCAAAGAGCAAGUGUGUGGAUGGUUGGAGGACUAUGGACUGGGCCAAUAUGUCAGUCUAACAAGACAGUGGAUUGAACAUGGCCAGACCCUUUUAUCUGCAGCACCACAGGACUUUGAGAAGGAGAUGGGCAUGAAACAUCCACUCCACAGGAAGAAGCUGCAGCUCGCUCUGAGGGCAUUCACCACUAAAAUUACGGAGAAGUCUUCUGAAUUAGACCACAUCUGGGUCACCCGCUGGUUGGAUGAUAUUGGUUUACCUCAAUAUAAAGACCAGUUCCAUGAAGCUCGAGUAGAUGGUCGGAUGUUACAAUAUCUCACUGUGAAUGACCUCUUGACUCUAAAGGUAACCAGCCAGCUUCAUCAUCUCAGCAUCAAAUGUGCCAUUCAUGUCCUUCAUGUCAACAAGUUCAAUCCAAACUGUCUUCGACGCAGGCCGGGUGAAGAGAAGCAGCCCUCCCCAUCAGAGGUGGUCCAGUGGUCAAACCAUCGAGUAAUGGAGUGGCUCAGAGCAGUGGAUCUGGCUGAGUAUGCUCCUAAUUUACGGGGAAGUGGCGUCCAUGGUGGACUUAUUAUCCUGGAGCCUCGUUUUAGCUCAGAAACUUUGGCCCUGCUCUUAAAUAUUCCUCCACAGAAGACCCUGCUUCGCCGUCAUCUCGCCACAGCCUUUGCUGCUCUUGUGGGACCCCAAGCUAUGCAGGAAAAACGAGAGUAUGGCAAUGCCACAGGCCACGUUCCCCUCACUACAACUGCUAAAGUUAAACCUAAGAAGCUAGGAUUCACUCAAUUCAGUCAUCUCAGAAAGAGAAGACCUGAUGAUGCAGACUAUAUCUGCCAAAUAGACAGCGGAGGAUUGACAGUCAAUGGAGUUUCUCGCUUGUCUUCCACAGCACAUCGAGGCCUCAGCCCUUCUUUGGACAGACAGGUUGAGAAGUGAGCUGGGCAGGGUAACAGCUCAAGCUGAUGUCCCAAAAACACUUCAUCACAAACAUUGAAAAGAAAAUUUCUCCAUGUCUGCCAAUCAGUCAAUACCUUGUAAAGUUGGAAGAAAAUCUGAUACUGAAAUCCAAUCAGGAUGCAAGGAUUGGGUGAUUUGCUGCAAGGAAUACAAAUAUGCUGUAUUCACAUUGUGCAGAUGCUUUUACCUGUUAUUUAAUCAGUUAUUGUUGUAAUUGUAAGAUUACUGCCAUAAAUGUGGCCCUCUGCAUUCCUUGUACAAAUAGGUCCUUCAGCUUUACCUUUGCUAUUGAAACUGCAUUUUAUGGAUCUUUUUGUAGCCAAUAUUCCGCAGAUUUUUUUACAUCUAGAGUCAAGCCUGAAAUGGUUCAUUUCCCUGGCAAAUUUGGACUUAAAGUAAUUCAACCAUCAAGUUUUUUUCCUGGUGAGAAAUCAUGUAGGUAUCUCCAAAAAUGUUGAAAGACAAUGAACAUGCUCAGAUUUUUCCAAGGGUUAUGAAGACAAUGUCAGGCUUAACUGUUGAUUGCUUGUACAUAAUAUUUUAUAUCAGUUUCUCUAAGCAUGAGUAUACGUAUUAAGUACGUCGACUACUCAUAGCGAAAUAGGGUUCUGCACUUUAAAAUUAAAGAUCCUGUUUAAGUUAAGUUUCUGGAACAGAAUACUGCUUGUGUUUCAAAAGAACAUUUUAGAAAACUAUUAGCUUCCUAGCUAGAUUGGAAAUUCUCCUGCCCUUUUCUCAACUGUGACUUUAACCGAUGGGCACCAGAUGGGAUGUAUACUGAGUUUCUUUGUUUUACUCCCUUUACCUGCAUGACUGUAUAUAGUGGGUGGACUCAGUUCACAGCAGAGAGACCACCUACGAAGAAAUGACGUAAGGAGACUGGCUGUGUGGCAUUUAAAUACCUACCAGUACUUAAUUUAGACAUUAAGUCCAGCAGCCAAAAUGAGGUACAGAGGAGGUAGAGUUGGUGUACGGCCUAAAGUAAUGAGGCAUCCACAUCAGCAAAGAUCUUUAAUGGAUUAAAAACGGUGGUUGUGAGGAAAGCAAUCUCAACGAGGGUCGGUUGAUUGGUUGAAGUCCACCUUUAGGCAGAGGUUUGUCUUUCAAUUCAGUUCAGUUCAAUUCAAUUCAAUUCAUUUAUAUGGUCCAAUAUUAGAACAAAGUUCUCUCAACGGGCUUCACUAAUUGUACAAAAAAUAAAAUAAGAAAUCAAUAAAACAAA